AUGUCGGACCAAGUGGUACAAGAAGCAUUAGGUUGGGCUUGUCAUCAGAGCGAAGCAUACUGUAGCAGGAUUCAGCUUGGGCAAAAUUGUUACUCGCCCAACACUCUCAGGGACCACGCCAAUGUUGUCUUCAAUACUUACUACCAGCAUAACAAGAACCAAGCCGGUUCUUGUGAUUUUCAUGGUGCUGCAGUGUUCACCCACACCGAUCCUA